AUGGCCGCUAUACGCUCAACGAAAAACUUCAUCAAAAACAUGUCUACCAACGCCGUCAGUGCAACAAUUCCCAAGGUUCAAAAAGCUUGGUUUUUCACAGAAAAUGGAGGACUAGAUGUGCUCAAAUAUGAGGACUUCCCAGUCCCAGAAGUUGGUGAUAACGAUGUUCUGAUCAAAAACAGGUUUGCUGGGGUGAACUUUAUCGAAUCGUACUUCCGUAAAGGAAUUUAUUCAACUGAAAAGCCAUACGUGCUUGGAUCAGAAGCAUCGGGCAUCGUGGCAGCAGUGGGCAAAAAUGUGAGCGGACUCAAAGUCAACGACAAAGUAGCGUAUUUGGGUAGAGGUUCACUUGCGCAGUACACCAAAGUUGCUGGUACAAGUCAAGUAUUGAAAUUGCCGGAUACAGCGAAAGAUGAAGAGCUUAAAGUGUACGCUGCAUCGUUGGUGUCCGUCCUCACGGCGAUGACUUUCACGAAAGAAUGCUAUAGUAUACAGAAGGGCGAUUUUGCGCUUCUGUACGCCGCUGCUGGCAGCGCCGGCAUAGCGUUCAACCAAACCUUGAAGAAAGCCGGUGCUCGUGUCAUAGCCGUGGCAUCCACGGAUGAAAAGCUGAAAACGGCUCAAGAAUACGGAGCCGAGUUUUUGAUCAACAGUUCCAAAGAGGACGUUUUGAAACGUGUGUUAGACAUCACAAAUGGCGAAGGCGUGAGUGUUGCUUACGACUCGGUCGGUAAGGACACUUUUGACAUUACACUGAACGCGUUGAGACGCAAAGGGACAUUUGUGAGCUACGGGAACGCUUCGGGGCCCGUCGAGCCAUUUGCUCUGUCUCGACUAACUCCCAAGAACCUGAAAUUGUUGAGACCUUCCUUGUUCGGAUACUUGGGCGCACAAGAGGAACGGGAUUACUACUACAAAGAGUUUGUGAGCGGGCUAGAAUCGGGCUCGUUGAAGAUCCCGAUCUACAAGACGUAUCCUUUAAGCGAGUACAAGCAGGCUACAAGUGAACUGGAAGCAAGGAAGACCUCUGGAAAAUCAGUGGUGGAAAUUUGA